AUGCUUGAGGCCAUGUCGUCUGGCGGCCGCGUCGGCAGGGAUUCCCCAUAUACCGCUAGGGGUUGCGAUAUGAUAUGGUACACAACGAAAGAGGUGUGUGAGAUCCUUGGUCGCUUCUCUCAGAUCAUGCUGGUUGGCGACUCAAUGCUCCGCCACAUCAUUGGAUCGUUGAACAUUCUCAUUCGAGAAGACCUGGGGUACGGCGCCGUGACAGACUGGAAUUUCAGCGAAGGAGAGAAACGCGACUGCUUCUGCAUCAAUCAAUUCAACGUCAAGACCUGCUCGGUUCAAGGCAUCUAUAAAACCUCCGACGUGUUGGCGAAUGCCCCAGAGAGCCUAUCAUGCCCUAGUCUGGUCCCAGGGUGGUCAACUGAUCUUCGGAUUGAACAAAUAAACCGCUUUCCAAUACCAACCGACGAGCUCACGAGACUCCGAGUUGGCAUCCAGUCAGCUACCACGUCGAAACCAAGAGCGUUUAUAUUAGGUCACGGCUUGUGGAACGACCUGGAGACCGAGGCUUCGAUUCACUGGCUUGAUUCAGUUCUAAGUGUUAUCAAUCAUGACUCGGAUUUUCAAGCACCUACACUGCUCGUUACACCAAAUGCUGCUGGCAAGGACAAGCCAGACAAGUGGCUGGUGACCCAAGGCAACAAGGCACUCUCUCGCUUCGAAGAGACGAUGGCAGAAGCGGCCACCAAGGUAGGUAUUGAUCAUCUAGGCACGUGGAACAUGUCUAUUCAAGCAACGUUGUAUGAUGGAGUGCAUCUUGACAUGCGUGGAAAUUUGCUCAAGGCCAUGAUGGUGGUCAACUGGCUGAGCAUGCUGGAAUAUUAG